CCGGGUGCUGGUGCCUGCUUGUGUACGCUCGAACCUAGAUGUUGUUGAAGGGCUUCGGGGAGAAAUUUCCGAGUAGCUGUGGAUGGGCAUUUUGGGCAUUUCUGCGGAAGCGCUUUCUGCUGGUGUACGCUCGAAUUUAGAUGUUGUUGAAGGUCUUCGGGGAGAAAUUUCCGAGUAGCUGUAGAUGGGCAUUUUGGGCAUUUCUGCGGAAGCGCUUUCUGCUGGUGUACGCUCGAACUUAGAUGUUGUUGGAGGUCUUCGGGAAGAAAAGUCCGAGUACAUCUAGGCGAGCAUUCUGGGCACUGCUGCAAAAGUCCUUUCUGCUUAUGUGCACUCGAGCCCAGAUGUUGUUCAAGUGCUUUGGGGAGAAAUUUCCGAGUACUCUGUGGUGGGCACAAUGGGCAUCUUUGUGCACCUUUCGUCCCAAGAAGCCUGUGGGGAUCGCGGAAUGCGGUGGUGGUGGGAGUCAGAAUAGGACUUCCGGCUUGCGAUGAAGUUGUGCUAGUUGCAGAACGGAUAUGUUCCAAUGGCCGUUGCAUCAUUCCCGCGUUGGAGCAAUUUAUAAGCCCUCUCAUUUCAUCCAUCGUGAUGGUGAUUUUGAGUCUUGUUUCAGUCUUUCGCGAUAUGCAUGUCCCUUUCUCGAGAUGGGAUAAUAGUUCCGAUGGAUAACUGAACCGCUUGUUGCAAUUUAUGUUCCCAGGACAUUGCAUCUCGCUCAUAGGUGGACCUUGCUUGAGUUUUGAAAGCAUUCGCAAUGCUUCCCUGUUUGGGAAGAUCUCAUUGUACUUGUCGAGACUGAACUUCUCGUCUUUCUU